UCCAGGCUACCUGUAGCCCUAUGUAGGAUAAGGGGUACAGAAAAUGGAUGGAAAUAUCUUGCCUUCUAAAAGUCAUUUCUGAAUUUCCUUACACAAUACUACACCAUUAAUAGUUAAUAAUGAAGUUUGCCUUUUAAACACUGGCAUGUUUUUCUGCAUACUGAAGAUUUAGGAAAUCAAUGUUUCCACACUAAAUUUGGUGUCUAGGAGGCAAAUAAAAAAAGAGUAAUCAAAAUCAAACCUUUCAAAACCGUCAAGGUCCAGACCUACUCUAUACUCUAUAUACUAUACUCUAGUACUCUAUAGUCACAGCCAAGAUCAUAAAGACUCUGUAAAGCACUUCAAGACCAAACUCAGGUUUUGAAACCAAAUAAAUAUAUGGUAUUUAUUCCUGAUGUUAAACUGCAUAGUUCUGUUCCAGCAUGACAGGACAAGUGCUGGAGGAGAGUGCAGAUUUAAAAGCCCACAGGCUCUCGGUGAAGACCUCAAUGGAGGACGAUUCAGAGAGAGCAGACAGCACGCUGAGUCGCGGCCAUUCUAUAUGUGAUGACACGUCCUCAGAGUUACAGAGGAUGGCCACACUUGAGCCUUGUGGCCCAAACUCUCAGAAUUCCUUCCGUGGUCGAGGAGCCCUGUCGAGGUUGGUGAGUAUGGUUGUGACACUCCGAGAAUGGGCUCAUAAGAGUCUUCAGGAAGAGGAAGAAAGGCCAGACUCUUUUCUGGAGCGUUUCCGAGGGCCUGAACUUCGCAUCACGCACAGCCGCAUCAGCAGCAAUCAUCCUGAUCCGCAAGACAGCAGCGUCAAAACCAAGAAAAAGUCAGACGUGUUCAUUCUUGCACCAGCCGAUGACAUGUACUACCACUGGCUGUUCGUCAUUGCCGCAGCUGUACUCUACAACUGGUGCCUCCUGGUGGCAAGGGCCUGCUUUGAUGAACUUCAAACCAACAACUACAUUCUGUGGCUGGUUUUGGAUUACCUCUCUGAUCUGGUCUACAUUCUGGACACCUGUGUGAGGCUGAGAACAGGUUUCCUGGAGCAGGGUCUUCUAGUGAAGGACCUCAAAAAGUUAAGACAGCGCUACAUCAACACUCUCCAGUUUAAGCUAGACCUAUUGUCCAUCCUGCCUACAGAUCUAGCCUACCUUGCUACAGGUAUCCAUGUUCCUGAGCUACGAUUCAAUCGCCUGAUGCGCUUUUCUCGCAUGUUUGAGUUUUUUGACCGCACUGAGACUCGCACCAGCUACCCAAACACGUUUCGCAUCAGCAACCUGGUGCUUUACAUCUUGGUUAUCAUCCACUGGAAUGCCUGCAUCUACUUUGCCAUUUCCAAAUCUCUUGGCUUUGGGUCAGACCAAUGGGUCUAUCCCAACAUCUCACAUCCGGAGUUUGGCACCCUGACUAGAAGUUACAUAUACAGUCUCUACUGGUCCACACUGACACUCACCACCAUUGGUGAAAUGCCUGCACCAGAACGUGAUGAGGAAUAUAUCUUUGUGAUCUUUGACUUCCUAGUAGGCGUCCUAAUCUUUGCUACCAUUGUAGGCAAUGUGGGAGCUAUGAUAUCCAACAUGAAUGCCACACGUGCCGAGUUUCAAGCUCGGAUCGAUGCCAUCAAACACUACAUGAAGUUCCGCAAGGUUAGCAAAGAGCUGGAGGCCCGGGUCAUUAAAUGGUUUGAUUAUCUUUGGACCAACAAGAAGACGAUUGAUGAGCAAGAAGUGCUCAAAAAUCUUCCCAACAAACUGCGUGCUGAGAUCGCAAUCAACGUGCAUCUGGAAACCCUCAAGAAGGUGCGAAUCUUUCAGGACUGUGAAGCAGGGCUGCUAGUGGAGCUUGUCCUAAAGCUGCGUCCUCAGGUCUUUAGCCCCGGUGACUACAUUUGCCGUAAGGGUGACAUUGGGAAAGAAAUGUACAUUAUCAAGGAAGGCCGGUUAGCAGUGGUCGCUGAUGAUGGAGUGACUCAGUUUGCUCUCUUGACAUCCGGCAGCUGCUUUGGUGAGAUCAGCAUUCUUAACAUCAAGGGAAGCAAAAUGGGGAACCGUCGCACAGCCAACAUCCGCAGCAUUGGCUACUCGGACCUCUUCUGUCUCUCCAAGGAUGACUUGAUGGAAGCUGUGAUGGAAUAUCCAGAUGCCAAGAAGGUGCUGGAGGAGAGGGGCCGGGAGAUCCUCCGGAAGGAGGGCCUGCUUGAGGAGCUGGGACUCGUUGGCCUUACAGGUGUACAGAUGGAGGAAAAGGUGGAGCAACUUGAGGCGUCACUGGACACACUGCAGACCCGCUUUGCUCGGCUCCUGGGGGAGUACACAGCCACUCAACAGAGGCUCAAACAGAGGCUCACUGCCCUGGAGAGCAGGCUGCAGCGCUCUGGAAGCGGCUAUCUCUCUGAUGGCAACGAGAGCACUACUGACGGCGACGGCACUCACAGUGAAGUGAACAUUCAGCUGUGACCACAACUGUUUCCCAAUAAGCUGGGAAAAAUAAAGCCAGUGAAAACAUAGAAAAAAAUGUACAAUAUGUUAGUAAAAGCAUUUAUUUUAGCUCAAAUAUUACCCGUUUUUCUAUAUUGCUCGUUUGGGAAUUCUUCAGUGAAUUGUUUUAGCUACAGUUUUUAAUAUUCAUGUUUAUUUAUCUGAGAGGAAAUCACCAGCAUUUGUAGACUGUAUAAACAAUCUAAGAUAAAUGACAGUUUUGAUCACUUUUAGAUUAAUCUUUAGCAUUAGAAUUAGCAUUGCAUACAUUUUAAUUCCUUAACAAAUGAACACAACAAUGUAGCUUUCAAAGCAAAAAGCUUUUACUGUAGUGAAGCUCAGCCAACUUGCCAUGUCAGCUAAACAAUUCUUUAUCAUUUUUACUCUGAUUUGCCUGUGUGUUCAGUGCAAAUUUAACAUUGAAAUGUAUUUCUCUACAGUAUUAUUUAUUCUUGAAAACAAGCUUUAAAAUAUAGCCUUUAUUUCCUUGUAUAUUCUUUACAUUUUGCUGUAUGUUUGCGAUGUAUAAAAUGAUCCUUUCGAGUGUCUUAUAGACUGUUGUACUAUUUAAGAUUAUGAAUAAGAUGUCUUUUUUGUGUACUGAUUUUUUUUCUUAAUAUUUAUAUUUUAUACAAUGCACUGGUUAUCAAUGCUCAAGUCUCUGUCAACGCUUUAAACGCUUUAAAGGUUAAGCAUAACAUUUUAAGAGGAAACCUAUGUGCACAUGCCAACAACCUGAUUAUUGAUUUGUCAUUUGAGAGAGUCAAUUCUAUGAGUCGACUCUUCUAGGGAGUUACUUUUGUUUCACCAAAACGCCUCCAUACUGUAGAAACCAUCCCCACGGUUGACAAAUAUGAAUGGUGAGAGUGUUUGACUGAUUGUCUGUAUGACAGUACAGUAUAUUAUGGGAGUAAUAAUCAGGAUUAAUUGAAAUGAAUCUUCUUAACGUAGCACAGACACCAGGCACAGACUCAUCUGACAUACUGUAAAGACUCUCCCAAGUACAUCUUCAGUACAUCUUCACAUUAGACAAUACAGAACAGAUGCAUGGAACAGAUGCAGUUUUUUAAAUCAUAUUCUUCUAUAAUGGAAAAAAACAAUGCAUUUUUCUUUUUCAUCACGUUGAGGGCUUUUGUAAAAGAAGCGAUUUCUAUAUGAUACGCUUAAAACGUCAGUUUCACCAUAAAAUUUCCCCACCAAAAGGAUAUUUUCAACCAAGAAGUCAUCUUUUGUCUA